AUUACACUCGAAACUAUGACCCGGAAGCUAAAUCCGGCCCAUACAACAAAUAUUUACGUAUUCCAAUGACGAUCUCUUUUAUAAAAGACCACCAAACCAUAACGAAAACAUCAGAUAACCCGCUGGAGUCCGCAGGAUUCGGCAUUUUUAUGCGGCAUUUCAAACACGAUGCACAUCCUCAUACAAUUGUCGUUCUUCGUAUUCGGUUUCAGUUGCGUCUUAGCAAACGAAUCCCAAUUCUUCAACUACAUCACUAUAAAAAUCUAUCGGGGCGAUGUACCGAUCACUCUCCUGCGACAAGAAACAGUCAACACCGAACCAGAGGUCACGGAGGUCAUAAUAGAAAACGAGCCGAUAAGAGUCUUGAAGACGGGAACUUUCCGCAAUCUGGCCAAGCUGAAGUACAUACGCAUCCGAAGUAGCGCCUUGGAAAGACUGGAGAGCUUCGCCUUCCAGAACGUCACGAGACUCAGGACUAUCGAUUUAAGCUUCAAUAGGAUCAAGGAAGUGCCUAUAAAUGUGUUCGCUAACUUAACGGUGUCUAAACUCGUCCUCAAAGGCAACGGCAUCGACACUAUAAGCAUCUCGGCGUUUUAUAACCUCACUUACUUGCGUACGCUCGAUUUGAGCUCCAACAACAUCAUGGAGAUGCCAAUGCUGAUGUUCGAUCUCACCAGGAACCUGCGAGUUAUAGAUCUGAGCUUCAACCGUCUGAAUCAGUAUCCAUCCGUUGCCAAAAGGACUCCCUACAGCUACUUCGAGGAACCGUUUUACAACAUCAACGAAUUCGAGCCUUCCACUAUCGAUCUGAGCUUCAACAACUUCUCCUACAUACCUAGUUAUAUGUUCCGGGGACUAUCCUGCAUCGGGGAGCUGAAGCUGAACAACAACAACGUCAGGAAAAUCGAUGAAAGGGCUUUCGAAGAUUUGCGAUGCUUGAAGAGUUUGGAUUUGGAGGGAAACGAUUUGCAGGAGAUCAGCGAUAGGUUGCUGAAGGUGUUCGCCAUGGCCGAAACGUUGAAUCUGGCGAACAAUCCGUGGACCAACACUUUCGCUUGUAAGUACGAAUUGUGGUGCGAAAGUAACGGACGAGAUAAUACCAUGGAUGUCAAUUGUAGUUACUAUAAUGAUAAUAAUGACGUUGUUAUUUCAGAUGGGUCUCAAUAAAAAGUAAUUACUGUUUCAGCGUCAA